UUCUCACUUUUGACAUUGCACGCGAUAUCUGACGUCACAGAUCAUCUGUUCGUGAGAGAUUACACUUGCAUUCAUCAGACAGCUGUAAAAAAUUACGUUGAAGACUGCCUUUACUAUAUAUAGUGCAUUGACAAUGGCGAGCGACUCGCAAGAAUCUAUGGAUUUAUUUCAAGUUUCACAAGAUUCACAGAAUCAACCUGAAAAUGGUGCUGUCAAUCUUCCUGAUAUUGACAGACCUGUCACCAUGAAAAUGAUUUAUGAUGAACUUUGUAUUGUUCGUAAAGAACUCAGGGAGUCCAGGGGUGAAGUUACAAAACUUAAAGAAAGCGUCACCACCUUGCAGAAUAUGAGAACAGGAUCCACCAGUAACUUCCGAAUAGAAGGAUCUAAUGUGAAGAAGCCACUAAUUGCUUUCCUAAAGAGAUUAUUUCUGCAAUAUUCAUGGCUAUGUGAAUCUGACGAAGAUUUGAAGCGAAACUUCUCAUCCAUCUUGGAGCAGUGUGGUUGGGAAGUAAAUGGAAGCAUGUUGAUUACAUGCUUCUCAUUUGCCUCCCACUCCUUCACAAAUUGGAGGAACCAAAUAAGACAGAAGCUCGUAACACCUGACAGAAAUGUGGAGGGGAUGUCACUGAAGGCACUGCAGAGGUACCUCUUUAGUGCUUUCUGGUUGUGCCCAUCAGUAACAGAUGAAAACAAGAAUUUUCGUCUUACUCUUGCCCUGAGGGCCUUUGCUGAUGGACACAAGCUCUUCAGAAAGGCUCCAAAUGCCACCUCCAUUGAUUUCUGGAGAGCUUUCAAAAAAAACAUUGAUUCCAUGAUGAAACAGUCUCCAGAGAGAUGGACGUCGCUAGAACAGAAACACACAAGAAAGAUUGAGGCUUUGAAUAAAGAAGACUGAAAAUAACAACUUUGUUUCUUUUAUAUUUUUCAGUGUACAGUAAAACACGCUUAUUACGAAGUGCUUGGAAAGGGAAAUAUGCUUCCUUGUAAGCAUAAUUCGUUAAAUCCGCCCAGUUUACAAUA